CAAUCAGGCGCGCUGCAGGGAGGAGGGUGCGACGUUCAAAGAGCCCGCGGAGUCUUCACCACGCCCCUGCGCUCUGAGUCCUGGCUCUGUCGCUGAGAGACGCCCUGCAAGGUCUGUAUCAGCGUCUGUGGCGCCGGGACCCACACUGGACACUGGCUUGUAGGGAGGACACCCAGACACCUGGAAGCUGGAAAUGCGUAAGAAGUGAAUUAUUGGACACCCAGUUGUUGCUGAAGAAUUGGUUGGUGUUCAGCAAAUGGCACACCUUUGUUAUCAGAAGUCAGAAGCACCACAGGACUCAGUGGCUUUUGAGGAUGUGGCUGUGAACUUUACACAAGAGGAGUGGGCUUUGCUGGGUCCAUCACAGAAGAGUCUCUACAGAAAUGUAAUGCAGGAAACCAUUAGGAACCUGGAUUGUAUAGAAAUGAAAUGGGAGGACCAGAACAUUGAAGAUCAGUGCCAAAAUCACAGGAGAAAUCUAAGAAGUCAUACAUGUGAAAUUAUUGAUAACAGUCAAUGUGGAGAAACUUUUAGCCAAAUUCCAGAGAGUAUUGUGAACAAGAACACUCCUGGAGUAGAUCCAUGUGACAGCAGUGAGUGUGAAGUCGUCAUGGGUCAUUCAUCUCUUAAUUGCAAUGUCAGAAUUGACACUGGACACAAAUCAUGGGAGCAUCAGGAAUAUGGAGAGAAGCCAUAUACACAUAAACAACGUGGGAAAGCCAAUAGUCAUCAGCACUGCUUUCAGACACAUGAAAGGCCUCCCACUGGAAAGAAACCCUUCGAUUGUAAAGAAUGCGCAAAAACUUUCAGUUCUCUUGGAAACCUUCGAAGACACAUGGCAGCACACCAUGGAGAUGGACCUUAUAAAUGUAAGUUAUGUGGGAAAGCCUUUGUUUGGCCCAGUUUAUUUCAUUUGCAUGAAAGAACUCACACUGGAGAGAAACCGUAUGAAUGUAAGCAGUGUUCUAAAGCCUUUCCUUUUUAUAGUUCCUAUCUAAGACAUGAGAGAAUACACACGGGAGAGAAAGCAUAUGAAUGUAAGCAGUGUUCCAAAGCCUUCCCUGAUUACAGUACCUAUCUAAGACAUGAAAGAACUCACACGGGAGAGAAACCCUAUAAAUGUACACAAUGUGGGAAAGCCUUCAGCUGUUACUAUUACACUCGACUACACGAAAGGACUCACACUGGAGAACAACCCUAUGCAUGUAAGCAAUGUGGCAAAACAUUUUAUCAUCACACAAGCUUUCGAAGACACAUGAUAAGGCACACUGGAGAUGGACCACAUAAAUGUAAGAUAUGUGGAAAAGGCUUUGAUUGUCCUAGUUCAGUUCGAAAUCAUGAAACUACUCACACUGGAGAGAAACCCUAUGAAUGUAAGCAGUGUGGGAAAGUGUUAUCUCAUAGUUCCAGCUUUCGAAGUCACAUGAUAACACACACAGGAGAUGGACCCCAGAAAUGCAAGAUAUGUGGAAAAGCCUUUGGUUGUCCCAGUUUAUUUCAAAGACAUGAAAGGACUCACACUGGAGAGAAACCCUAUACAUGUAAACAAUGUGGGAAAGCCUUCAGUCUUUCCGGUUCCCUUCGAAGACAUGAAGCAACUCACAGUGGGGUGAAACCCUAUAAAUGUAAAUGUGGGAAAGCCUUUAGUGAUCUCUCUUCCUUUCAAAAUCAUGAAACAACUCACACUGGAGAAAAGCCAUACGAAUGUAAGGAAUGUGGGAAAGCGUUCAGUUGUUUCAAAUACCUUUCUCAGCAUAAAAGGACCCACACAGUAGAAAAACCUUAUGAGUGUAAAACAUGUAGGAAAGCCUUUGGUCAUUUCAGUAACUUAAAAGUCCAUGAAAGAAUUCACUCUGGAGAGAAGCCAUAUGAAUGUAAGGAAUGUGGGAAAGCAUUCUCUUGGCUCACUUGCCUUCUAAGACAUGAAAGAAUCCACACUGGAGAGAAACCCUAUGAAUGUCAGCAAUGUGGUAAAUCCUUCACUCGUUCCCGUUUCCUUCGAGGACAUGAAAAAACUCACACUGGAGAGAAGCUGUAUGAAUGUAAGGAAUGUGGGAAGGCAUUGAGUUCUCUGCGUUCCUUGUAUAGACAUAAAAGGACUCACUGGAAAGACUCUCUGUAAAUGUAUGGAAUGUGGGAAAACUUAUUCAGUACUUUUAUUUAAUUUCGGAAACUUGAAAGAACUCACUUUAGAGACAGACCCUAUGAAUGUAAACGUGAUAAAGCCUUAAGUAGUUUCAAUUUUUUAAAUACAGUUAUCCCCCAAUAUACACAGGGGAUUGGUUCCAGCACCCCCUAAAUCCACAGAUGCCCAGUCCUUCCUUAUAUGGCAUAUUUGCAUGUAACCCGUGCACAUCCUCAUGUAUACUGUGUAAAUCAUCUCUAGAUUACUAUUAAUACCUCAUGCAUUGUAAAAGCUAUGUAAAUAGUUGUUUGGAUUGUUAGAGAUUCAUGACAAGAAAAAUAGUCUCUAUGUGUUAAUGUAGACACAGCCAUUGCAGGCUCACCCACAUAGUAUAUGUCACCUACAUAGUAUAGUAUAAAAUUUGUUUUAAUAUUCACAGAUUGAUUUUGUUUUGUGACCUGAGUGAGCAUGUUAACACUCAUCAAAAUCCUGCUUCUCUCUUGAUAACCCAUGUAUACUUAUGGUGAUGUUGAUUGCUGUGUGGUGCCUAACAUUGUCACGUGCUGUAGCAUUACAGAUAAGCAGUGAGACAUCAGGCUAACUUGAAUCUUGACAGAAUGUCAGGAUGAUCAUCAAUGUUGGAAGAACUAGGUUCUGACUGCAGAUGUUGACUUGUUGGAGGAGGCUAAAUAAUACUAAUGUUGUGAUCUGUUCAGCCUCAGGGUUGCAGAUCCUUAACCAUGGAAGGUUCUGUGUUUAUAUUUGCAGGUGCCUAGUGAGAAAUAUAGGAAGCUAGUUUUUCUUUUUCUUUUUUUGAGUCAUCAAAAAAAUCUUGCAGUGUUUGUUGGCAUGUUAUUCCAGGGUGACAUGGAGGCUUUGUUCCAUCAAAGGAUCUUACUUAAGGAUGAUAAACUUUCUUAACACUUUUGCCUGUUGAAAAACUGCUGCAAAUUUUUCAAGUGUCCAAAUCUGUGGCACUGCCUCUUUUUUUUUGAGAUGGAGUUUCGCUGUUGUUACCCAGGCUGGAGUGCAAUGGCACGAUCUCAGCUCACUGUAACCUCCGCCUCCUGGGUUCAAGCAAUUCUCCUGCCUCAGCCUCCCGAGUAGCUGGGACUACAGGCGCGCACCACCAUGCCCAGCUAAUUUUUUUGUAUAUUUAGUAGAGACGGGGUUUCACCUUGCUAACCAGGAUGGUCUCGAUCUCUUGACCUCAUGAUCUACCCGCUUCGGCCUCCCAAAGUACUGGGAGUAUAGGCGUGAGCCACAGCGCCCGGCCGGCACUGCCUCUUUUAAGGCAUCAUCAUCAUCAUCAAUCUAUAGAGCAUCUCAGCAGAUCUUUGAGUUCCUUGUUGUAAGAAUUUAUGCUCUUCUGUGUGUUAUUCAACAUUGUCUUCAGUCCUGUCAGAGAUAGGCUUUCUUACCAACUUCCCUUGCGGUAUUUAAGAUAUUCCUGGCUGGGCAUGGUGGCUCACACCUGUAAUUCCAGCACUUUGGGAGGCCGAGGUGUGUGGAUCACCUGAGGUCAAGUUCGAGACCAGCCUGAGCAAUAUGAUGAAACCCUGUCUCUACUAAGAAUACAAAAAUCAGCCAGGCAUGGUGGCAUUCGCCUGUAAUCCCAACUACUUGGGAGGCUAAGACAGGAGAAUCGCUUGAAACUGGGAGGUGGAGUUUGCAGUGAGCCAAGAUCAUGCUAUUGCACUGUGACGUGGGCAACAAGAGCAAAACACUAUCUCAAAAAAAAAAAAAAAAAAAAAGAUAUUCCUAACUACUGCAUCAGUAGUGGGGAAGCUCCAAAAUCAUUGACUCCCUGACUCCAUAAUUGCUUCCAGCUGGCUUUGGGUUUGUUGAGCUUUGGGGCAUCUAUAGCCUCUGGAAUAAGGACAGUUGCAUGUACGAUUGUGAAGUGCUUUCAUAAAUCCAUUGUGGUUCAGUCAGAGUUAACAUCAGGAUGGCAUGAAUCCUCCUGAAGGUCAGUUGGGUAUAGGUCAGUCAAUCUACUUGAUUAUGCCUUGACUGAGUAGCUGUCAUUGUGAUGUCAUGUUAAGCAGCAGGGACAUCACUUCUACAUUCUUAUUGGCAAAGAAGAGAGAGUGGAGAUGGCCAGGAGCAUUGUCAAUUAUGAGGAGGACCUUGAGUGGCAGCCCCUUCUCUUCAAAGUAUUUCUUCACAUCAGGAAUAAAGCCUCGGUAGAACCAUUCCAAGGACAAGAUGGCCAUCACCCACGCCUUCUUGUAUUUUUGCCACAAUGGAGGCAGGCAAGUUUUGCUUUUGUUCUAAAGGACCUAGGGAUUGUUUGCUUAGUAGCCAAGGCCUGGCCUAUUCUUGUGACCUGCUACAUUGCCACACUUCACCAGAGUAGGUGAUCUUUCCAGGCCCUGAACCCCAGGGCCUCCUUGGCAUUCAUGGAUGCAGGUACCACUGGUUGGAGAACUUGCUCUGGAAGGUAGACUUUUUUUUUUUUUUUUUUUUUUUGAGAUGGAAUCUCGCCCUGUCACCCAGGCUGGAAUGCAGUGGUGUGUUCUUGGCUCACUGCAACUCUGCCUCCUGGGUUCAAGCAAUUCUCAUGCUUCAGCCUCCUGAGUAACUGGGAAUACAGGCACAUGCCACCAUGCCGGGCUAAUAUUUGUAUUUUUAGUAGAGACGGGGUUUCACCAUGCUGGUCAGGCUGGCCUUGAACUCCUGACCAUGAUCCAUCCAUCUUGGCCUCCCUAAGUGCUGGGAUUAUAGGCAUGAGCCACUGUGCCUGGCUGGUAGACUUUAUGAGUUUUGUGAGCUCUGCUGGGAAUGCUAAUAUUGCCUUGGCAUAAGCCAAUGCUGAUUCUCCUGUGGUCUUUAAAUUUUUGAGGCUCUGAUGCUUUAUGUAACCAGCCCAGCCAGACAAUACUGGCUCAAAACUCCUUUCUCUUGCUCUCCUCAACCUUCUCACAGUAGUAUUCAUAGAGGCUGUUUUUUCACACUUUAUUAUCAAAAGGGAGGUGCAGUGAUAUGUCCUCUAGCUACACACUUAACGCUUUCUCAGUCUUUAGACUGAGGGGUCAUUUUUCCCAUUGUAGAGGCAGCUCUAACACUUCCAAGAAUUUCAGCUUCUUUCUGCUUUAGUGCGUGAAUGCUUAGCUUAUUCUUACCAUAUGGCCUACUUUCAAAAGUGACAUGGAAUUUUUCAAAACAUCUCUCUAAGAUUUUUAUUUUCUCAUUGCGAAAUAGUACUUGCUCACUGCUAGCCUUUUAGGGAUAGCUUUGACCACUUGAUUACUGAUUUUUUUUUUUUUUUUGAGACAGAGUCUCACUCUGUCGCCUAGGCUGUGGUGCAGUGGAGCGAUCUUGGCACACUGCAACCUCUGUCUCCUGGGUUCAAGCAAUUCUCCUGCCUCAGCCUCUUGAGUAGUUGGGAUUUCAGGCAUGUGCACCACACCCAGCUAAUUUUUGUAUUUUUAGGAGAAAUAGCGUUUCACCAUGUUGGUCAGGCUGCUCUCGAACUUACCUUGUGAUCGCCCUCCUUGGCCUCCCAAAGUGCUGGAAUUAUAGGCAUGAGCCACCACGCUCGGCCUACUUGAUUACUUUUUAAGAGCCAUUUUCCCACAUUUUUCCAUUUUUUAAAUAUGGCACCUCAAGGAAAUCUGAAGAGACAAAACAAGAAUUGAAAAACAAGAACAAGGCUAGGCACAGUGGCUCACACCUAUAAUCCCAGCCCUUUGAGAGGCCAAGGCAGGCGGAUCACCUGAGGUUGGGAGUUCAAGACCAGCCUGACCAACAUGGAGAAACUUUGUCUCUACUAAAAAUACAAAAAUUAGCUGAGUAUGAUGGCAUAUACCUGUAAUUCCAGCUACCCAGGAGGCUGAGAAGGAAAAUCACUUAAACCCAGGAGGCGGAGGUUGCAGUGAGCUGAGAUCGUGCCAUUGCACUCCAGCCUGGGCAACAAGAGUGAAACUCCGUAUCAAAAACAAAAAAAGAAAAAGAAAAGAACAGGCCAGGCACGGUGGCUCACGCCUAUAAUCCCAGCACUUUGCGAGGCUAAGGCGGGUGGAUCACGAGGUCAAGAGAUAAAGACCAUCCUGGUCAACAUGGUGAAACCCCGUCUCUACUAAAAAUGCAAAUAUUAGCUGGGCAUGGUGGCGCACACCUGUAGUCCCAGCUACUCGGGAGGCUGAGGCAGGAGAAUUGCUUGAAUCCAGGAGGUGGAGGUUGCGGUGAGCUGAGAUCGCGCCAUUGCACUCCAGCCUGGGUAACAAGAGCAAAACUCUGUCUCAAAAAAAAAAAAACAAAGUUGGUGGACUUACACUUCCUGAUUUCAAGACUUAAACUUCCUAAUUUCAAAACUUACAGCAAAUUUAUACUAAUAAAAACAAUUUAGUACUAGCAUACUGACACAAAAAUAGACCAUUGUGACCAAAUAGCACAGAAAUACACCUUUGCAUAUUGAGUCCAACAAUUUUUUUUUUUUUGAGACUGAGUUUCACUCUUGUUGCCCAGGCUGGAGUACAGUGGCGCAAUCUUGGCUCGCCGCAACCUCUGCCUCCUGUGUUCAAGUGAUUUUCCUGCCUCAGCCUCCCAAGUAGCUGGGAAUACAGGCAUCCGCCACCAUGCCUGGCUAAUUUUGUAUUUUUAGUAGAGAUGGGGUUUCUCCAUGUUGGUUAGAAUGGUCUCGUUCUCGUGACCUCGUGAUCUGCCUGCCUUAGCCUCCCAAAGUGCUGGGAUUACAGGCAUGUGAGCCACCAUGACCGGCCGAGUCCAACAAUUUUUGACAAGCGUACUAUGAUGAUACAAUGGAAGACAGGCUAGUAUUUCCAUAGAAUGAUGCUAGGGGAAAAUGCACAUCCAUAUGCAACAGAAAGAAAAUGUACGCUUCCCUAACAUAGACAAAAGUCAACUUAAAAUGAAUGAUGGCUAGGCGUGGUGGCUUAUGCGUGUAAUCAUAGUGCUUGAGGAGGUCAAGGUGGGAGGAUUGCUUGAGGCCAGGAGUUCAAGACCAACCUGGAUAACUUCGUGAGACUCCAUCUCUAAAACAAAACAAAGUUAGCCAGGUAUGAGAGUAUGUACCUCUACUCCCAACUGCUUGGCAGGCUGAGGUGGGAGGAUUGCUUUAGCCCAAGUGUUCAGUGCUACAAUGAGGCAUGAUUGCACCACUGGACUCCAGCCUAGGCAACAGAGCAAGACUCUGACUCAAAAGAAAAAAAAGGAUGAAAGACUUAAGUGUAAAUCAUCAUAAAUCUAUAAACUCUUAGAUGAAAGUAUAAGGCCAGGGGCGGUGGCUCAUACUUGUAGUCUCAGCAUUUGGAGAGGCAGAGGCAGGUGGACAAGGUCAGGAGUUCAAGACCAACCUGGCGAGCAUGGUGAAACCCCAUCUCUACUAAAAAUACAAAAAAUUAGGGGGCAUGGUGGUGCAUGCGUGUAAUCCCAGCUACUCAGGAGGCUGAGGUAGGAGAAUUGCUUGAACUCUGCAGGGAGAGGUUGCAGUGAGCCGAGGUUGAGCCACUGCACUCCAACCUGGCAACGGAGCGAGACUCUGUCUUAAAAAAAAAAAAUAGUAUAAGGCAAAAGCUUUAUGAACCUGGAUUUUGCAAUGAUUUCCUGGAUAUGACACGAAAAGCAUGACUCAUAAGAGAAAAAAAUAAAUGGAAAUGUGUGGAAUUUCAAAACUUUUGGCAUCAAAAUAGGCAACCCAUAGAAUGAGAGAAAGUAUUUCCAAGUCAUAUAUCUGACAAGGAAUUAAUAUGCCGACUGCUUAGAGAACUGUAAAAAGUCAGCAACAGGACCAGGCACAGUGGCUCAUACCAGUAAUCCCAGCACUUUUUGAGGCCGAGGUGGGCAGAUCACGAGGUCAGGAGUUUGAGACCAGACUGACCAACGUGGUGAAACCCCCCCAUCUCUACUAAAAAUACAAAAAUUAGCUGGCCAUGGUGGCACACCUGUAAUCCCAGCUACUCAGGAGGCUGAGGCAGGAGAAUUGAUUAAACCUGGGAGGUGAAGGUUGCAGUGAGCCAAGAUCACGCCACUGAACUCCAGCCUGGGUAACAGAGCAAGACUCUGUCUCAAAAAAAAAAUAGGGCCAGGCGCGGUGGCUCACGCCUGUAAUCCCAGCACUUUGGGAGGCCGAGGCAGGUGGAUCACGAGGUCAAGAGAUCAAGACCAUCCUGGUCAACAUGGUGAAACCCCAUCUCUGCUAAAAAUACAAAAAAUUAGCUGGGCACGGUGGCGCGUGCCUGUAAUCCCAGCUACUCAGGAGGCUGAGGCAGGAGAAUUGCCUGAACCCAGGAGGCGGAGGUUGCAGUGAGCCGAGAUCGCGCCAUUGCACUCCAGCCUGGGUAACAAGAGCGAAACUCCGUCUCAAAAACAAAAGAAAACAAAAACGAAGUCAAAACAAUGAAAAGCAGACCACCUGUUAUGGAGUAAAUGUGUCCUCUUAAAAUUCACUCAUUCUAAUUCAUUUCCCUAAUGUGAAAAGUUAGGGAAUGUCUUCUUUGGAAUAUAAUAUGGAUUGGGUUGGAUUAUAAGAGUGGAGCCUCAAGAAUGAGAUUGGUUACCUAAUGUGGGUCCUCCAACAGCUUGCUUUUUUUUUUCUUCUUUUUUGCUUUUAUGAUAAUCUAGACAAAAGCUUGCUUUUUUGCUCUCUGCCUUGGAGGAUACAUUAGGGUAGCUAUCUGUGAGGCUAGUCAUGGUGGUUCAUGCCUAUAAUCUUAGAACUUUUGGAGGCUGAGUUGGGCAGAACACCUUGAGCCCAGGAGUUCAAGACCAGCCUGAGCAACAUGAUGAAGCCCCAUUUCUACAAAAAUGAGCUGGUCAUGGUGGCACAUGCCUGUAGUUCCAGCUACUCAGGAAGCUGAGAUGGGAGGCUCACCCGAGCCCAGGAAAGCCAAGGCUGCAGUGAGCUGUGAUCACGCCACUGCACUCUAGCCUGGGUGACAGAGAAAACAAACAAAACAAAAGAGACAGCUAUCUAUGAGUCAGAAAACAGUCACUCGUCAGACACUAAAUCUGCCAGUACCUAAAUUUUUUCUAAUUUUGUCUUUGGACACUGGGAAGAGCUCACAAAAGAGGACAGGCAGCCUGGGUACGGUGGCUCAUGCCUAUAAUGCCAGCACUUUAGGAUGGGGAGGCAGGAGGAUCGCUUGAACCCAGGAGUUCAAGACCAGCCUAGGCAGUGUGGCAAGACCCCAUCUCUAAAAAAAUUAAAUAAAAAGAUACAUGGAGAAAGCUUUCAUCUUACUAGGGUACAUAAAAAAAUCAAGUACAAAAUGUUGGUGAAUGUAGGGACAAUAAAGGCAAUACUGAUGUGGUCUCAGAAUUGAGGAUAAAUAUGAUUGCAUAAUAGGGAAGAGAUGAACUGUUGUAAAAAGUUGCAAAAAACUUGGUGCAUUUUGCUCCAGUGCUACUGUUUUGGGGAAAGUAGAACUAGGAAGUGAUGAAACUUGAUAUUGAGUUGACAAUAUUUCUUAGAAGUGUUGAAACUUGGUUCCUCUUGACUGCAUAUAUUAAAAUGUGAGGAGAAGCCGGGCACCAUGGCUCACACCUGUAAUCCCAGGACUUUGGGAGGUUGAGGGCAGAUUACUUGAGGUUAGGAGUUUGAGACCAGCGUGGCCAACAUGGUACAACCCUGUCUCUACUAAAAAUACAAAAAUUAGCCUGUUGUGGUGGCGCGUGCCUGUAAUCCUAGCUGCUCAGGGGGCUGAGGCACAAUUGCUUGAACUCGGGUGGCAGAGGUUGCAGUGACCCAAGAUCACACCACUGCACUCCAGCCUGGGUGAUAGAGUGAGAGUCUAUCUCAAAAUAAAUAAAUAAAUAAAUAAAUAAAUAAAUAAAUAAAUAAAUAAAUGUGAGUAGAGAAAAAUGUUGGAGAUGGAAUUAUUAAGCAAGAAGAAAUGGAAAUGAAAAUGUUUAUAAAACAAUUAUUGCAAAGAUGGAAAGGGAAAGGCAUGUUGGGAGGAAAACACCAAGGGCGUGUCCAAGACCUUUUGGUAGGAAGAGUAGUAUGCUUGUGAACCGUGGACCUAGCUACCUCAGCAGUAAAAUAGCCCCUUUGGGCCACUGCACCCAAAGGGGCUAUUUUACUGAAUGUAAUCUAGUAGUUUGGCUCAAGCCUGUAAUCUCAGCACUUUGGGAGGCCAAGGUGGCAGAUCACGUGAGGUCAGGAGUUCAAGACCAGCCUGGCCAACAUGGUGAAACCCUGUCUCUACUAAAAAUACAAAAAUUAGCCGGGCAUGGUGGCCCAUGCCUGUAAUCCCAGCUACUCAGGAGGCUGAGGCAGAAUAAUCGCUUGAACCUGUAAGGCGGAGGUUGCAGUGAGCCAAAGUGGCACCACUGCACUCCAGCCUAGGCAGUAGAGCAAGACUCCCAUCUUAAAAAAAAAAAAAAAAAAGCUCAUUUGAACUGAAAGUGAAGGUCACAGGAAGAAAUGAAUGAAAGUUGUUGGACCUGUAUGAUUUUACAGGAAAUAUCCACAGAUACUUGCUAUACUAUUCUUAGAGAUGGGUGGACCACUUGAGGUCAGGAGUUCAAGACCAGCCUGGCCAACAUGGUGAAACCCCAUCUCUACUAAAAAUACAAAACUAGCCAGGCAGGGUAGCACACGCCUGUAAUCCCAGCUACUUGGGAGGCUGAGGCAGAAUUGCUCGAACACAGGAGGCGGAGGUUGCAGUGAGCUAAGAUCACGCCAUUGCAUUCCAUCCUGGACAACAAGAGCGAUACUUGGCUGGGUACGGUGGUGCAUGCCUGUGAUCCCAGCACUUUGUGAGGCCCAGGUGGGUGGAUCGAUCAUGAGGUCAGAAGAUUGAGACCAUCCUGGCCAACAUGGUGAAACCCCGUCUCUUAAAAAAAAAAAAAAGAAGGCCGGGUGCGGUGGCUCAAGCCUGUAAUCCCAGCACUUUGGGAGGCCAAGGUGGGUAGAUCAUGAGGUCAAGAUAUCGAGACCAUCCUGGUCAACAUGGUGAAACCCUGUCUCUACUAAAGAUACAAAAAAUUAGCUGGGCAUGGUGGCGCGUGCCUGUAAUCCCAGCUACUCGGGAGGCUGAGGCAGGAGACUUGCCUGAACCCAGGAGGCGGAGGUUGCGGUGAGCCGAGAUCGCGCCAUUGCACUCCAGCCUGGGUAACAAGAGCGAAACUCCGUCUCAAAAAAAUAAAAAUAAAAAUAAAUUUCAUUAGUUGAAUAGAUAGUGGAUUUGUUUUGGUAAAGUCAGUUAAUAGAAUUUUUCCUUUCAUUUCGUAUUCGCUUGGAUCCUUGAGUUGCUUGAAGUUUAUGUGCAAUAGACAUGUAGAUUUAAUUUUUUUUCUUUUUAGAGACAGCAUCUCACUCUGUCAUCCAGGCUAGAGUACAGUGGUGUGAUCAUAGCUCACGGCAGCCUUGAACACCUGGGCUCAUGGCAUCCUCCUGCCUCAGUGUCCCAAGUAGUUGAGACUAUUGGUGCAUGGAACCAAACUCAGGUAACUUUUUUUUGUAGAAAUUGCUAUCUUGCUCAGGCUGGUCUUGAACUCCUGGCCUUGAGCCAUCUUCCUGCCUCAAUCUCCAAAGUAUUAUGAUUGCAGGCAUGAGUCAUGGUGCCUGGCAACAAGUUUAAUUCUCGUAUGGUUUUUAAAUCGAUGCCUAACUAAAGAGCCUUUGAAACAUGACACUUAGUAUUUGUUGUGAUUUACUACUGGUGUUGUGUGGCAGGUACAGGAUAUCCGCCCCCACCCCACCCCCGAACUCUAAUGUCUAACUCUCAUGUCAGACAGUGACUUUUGGCCCUCAGAGGAAGCAGAAACCUCUCUCCUCCAUCAUGUUCUGCCCAUCCCCUUCCAGGAUCCUCGUGUUUUUCUGGCUUGCCUGUGUGCGUGCUUCCCUGAAUCCCAGGGUGAGCACACUGGUCGCAGGGUGCGAGCACUACGGCCUCAGUGUGUUGCUGACUGCACACACAGUCACUCCUGGUCAGUUCCCAUAAGUGGCCAUUCCUGUACUUCAGGAGCAGUGGGACAUGCCAUGGUAGUUCAGGAAAGGCAGCCUCGCCCUUGGCCACAUGGUCUUCUUGGGACCAUCUCUCUAGUGUCCUCUCCCAGUUCCAGCCCAAGCAUUUGGCAACCCUUCUGGAUCUCCACCAUCUCAGACAUUCUGUUGAUUCAAAUAGCUCAGUGGUGAGGAAUAUGCAAUACCCUUAGGGCUGAAUCAGGUUGAGGGGGAAGCUUAUGAGACAUACUUCUCAAACUUUCACAGGAAACAUGGAUCUUCAAAUUCAGUUUCUGAUUCAGCAGGAUAAGAGUAGGACGUGAGGUUGGGCACAGUGGCUGACACCUGUAAUCCCAGUACUUUGGGAGGCCGGGAUGGGCAGAUCACCUGAGGUUGGGAGUUCGAGACCAGCCUUACCAAUAUGGAGAAACCCCGUCUCUACUAAACAUACAAAAUUAACUGAAUGUGGUAGCACAUGCCUGUAAUCCCAGCUACUCGAGAGGCUGAGGCAGGAGAAUUGCUUGAACCUGGGAGGCUGAGGUUGCAGUGAGUUGAGAGUACGCCAUUGUACUCCAGCCUGGACAACAAGAGCAAGACUCCAUCUAAAAAAAAAAGAGUAGGACAUGAGAAUCUGCAUUCCUUUUCUUUUUUUUUUUUUUUUUUUGAGACGGAAUUUCACUCGUUACCCAAGCUGGAGUGCAAUGGCGCGAUCUCGGCUCACCGCAACCUCCGCCUCCUGGGAUCAGGCAAUUCUCCUGCCUCAGCCUCCUGAGUAGCUGGGAUUACAGGCACGCAACAUCAUGCCCAGCUAAUUUUCUUUGUAUCUUUAGUAGAGACGGGGUUUCACCAUGUUGACCUGGAUGGUCUCGAUCUCUUGACCUCGUGAUCCACCCGCAUUGGCCUCCCAAAGUGCUGGGAUUACAGGCUUGAGCCACCGCGCCCGGCAGAGAAUCUGCAUUCCUAACUUGCUUCCAGGUGUUAUCCGUGUUGUUGAUCCUUAGAUUUCAAUAGGCAGGCAGGGGCCAGAUUACAUGGGAUCUUGUCAGCCAUGUUAUGGACAGUUUCUGGAUUUUGAGCAAAGCAGCAAUUUUCAUUAGCGUUUGAAGAAACUUACUCCUUCUCUUGGGUGGAAAAAAAGAUGGUAGAGGGGAGCUGGAGGACCAGUUUGAAAACCAUAGUAGUACUUGCAAGACAGGUUGUGCUAGCCUGGAUUUGGAUAAUAUUAGUGGAUCUUAACAGAAGGUAGAAAUCUAGAUAUGAACCUGAGCUGUGUUUUUGGAACUGGGUGGGAUGGUAGAGAAAGGCCCUACCAUUACCACUAUUUAGUGGAGUCUGGACAUAAAGGACCAAUGGUGAUGGUGUUCAGUGCAGUAGAGAAGGGUGUGGGGAUCUGAGCGCAUAUGAUGAUGGAGGGGAUUUUCAAACUAGUCUGAGAGGUUAGUGGAGGCUUCCCUGGUGCGAACACUGAUGCUCCAAUGAAAACCUGAAGCCUGGCCAGGUGCAGGGGCUCACUCCUGUAAUCCCAGCACUUUGGGAGUCUGAGGCAGGAGGAUCCUGAGGUCAAGAGAUUGAGACCAUCCUGGCCAACAUGGUGAAACUCGGUCUCUACUAAAAACACAAAAAUUAGCUGGGUGUAGUGGUGUGCGCCUGUAAUCCCAGCUACUCGGGAGGCUGAGGCAGGAGACUUGCCUGAACCCAGGAGGUGGAGGUUGCGGUGAGCCGAGAUCGUGCCACUGCACUCCAGUCUGGGUAACAACAGCAAAACUCUGUCUCAAAAAAAAAAAAAAAGAAUACUCUAAGUAUAAAAGACAGCCUAAAUGUGUAUUUCUUCACAAGUAAAAAUCAGUUGACAGGUUGUUGUUACAACAUCAAAAUGUAAUAUGAGUGUAUUUUAUUUACAAAUAACACCAUACAAGAAGUGGACAAACCCAGUGACUGCCAAUGGCAAAGUCAUAAUCAUAAGAAUAUAUUAUUCUGUGUGGAACCCCAAGAGCUGUUACACAUGUAACAAAAUACCCCAAGGAUGCAAAAAUAUGAAAGCUACAGAUAAUAAAUAUUUUUGUACAUCACUGAAAAUUAGCCAUACAUCACAAGAAAAGUAAUGCUGAUGGCAAGAGGUUAUCAUUUACAUGAUAAACAACAGUAGUCACUACAAAAUGUAAGAAUAAUGAUAAAAAAUAAAUAAUUCUACAUGUAAAGACA